GGCAGCAAUAAAUCCAUCAGGCCAACCACUUUCAGAGAACAGAAUCUCCACUGUCUUGCCAACAGCUGCCAGUUCCUUUCGGAGUGCCUCACAGCAAGAUGAGCUGUAAGUGAGCUUCGAUAGACCAGGCAGUCGUCCCUUUCUCCUGUAAAGGUGACAGAAGAACACAUCUGCCAAGGGGCCUUCCUAAGCACCCAGAGGCGGAGGCCCCCACCAUCCCGCUCCCUACCCAGCCCAGCCUCCUGCAGCCCUUGCCAUGUUGCAGGUGGUUCUGGGGGCUCCUCGGCGGUUGCUGGAGGAAGGGAGACAGUCCCGGAAGCUGGUGUUGGUGGUGGUGUUUGUGGCUCUGCUCCUGGACAACAUGCUACUCACCGUGGUGGUGCCCAUUGUGCCUACCUUCCUGUAUGCGACAGAGUUCAAAGACAUCAACGCUUCUCUGCAUAGGGGUCCUUCUGCAAGCUCCCAGCAAGCUCUCACCUCCCCUGCCUUCUCUACCAUGUUCUCCUUCUUUGACAACACCACCAUGACUGUAGAAGAGCAUGUACCCUUCCGUGUAGCAUGGAUAAAUGGUACCCUCCCUCCUCCAGUCACCAAAGCUGCCUCAGUACCUCAAAACAACUGCUUGCAAGGGAUAGAGUUCUUGGAAGAAGAAAACGUCCGGAUUGGGAUUCUAUUUGCUUCAAAGGCUUUGAUGCAACUCCUGGUCAACCCCUUUGUGGGACCUCUUACUAACAGGAUUGGCUAUCACAUCCCCAUGUUUGUCGGCUUUAUGAUCAUGUUUCUCUCCACACUAAUGUUUGCUUUCUCUGGCACCUAUGCCCUGCUAUUUGUGGCCCGAACUCUCCAAGGCAUUGGAUCUUCAUUUUCAUCUGUUGCAGGGCUUGGGAUGCUGGCCAGUGUCUACACUGACAACUACGAGAGAGGAAGAGCCAUGGGAAUUGCUUUGGGGGGCCUGGCUUUGGGGCUUCUGGUGGGCGCACCUUUCGGAAGUGUGAUGUAUGAAUUUGUGGGCAAGUCCUCACCGUUUCUCAUCUUGGCCUUCCUGGCGCUUCUGGAUGGAGCUCUCCAGUGUUGCAUCCUAUGGCCUUCGAAAGUGUCUCCUGAGAGUGCCAUGGGGACUCCACUUUUGACGCUUCUCAAAGACCCUUACAUCCUGGUAGCAGCAGGUUCCAUCUGCCUGGCCAACAUGGGAGUCGCCAUACUAGAGCCCACACUACCUAUCUGGAUGAUGCAGACCAUGUGUUCCCCUGAGUGGCAGCUGGGGUAACUUCUGUGUCCUUCCACAGGUCUGGCUUUCUUACCUGCCAGUGUGGCCUACCUCAUUGGCACGAACCUUUUCGGUGUGUUGGCCAACAAGAUGGGUCGGUGGCUGUGCUCCCUUCUUGGAAUGGUAGCUGUAGGUAUCAGCUUGCUCUGUGUACCUCUGGCUCACAAUAUUUUUGGUCUCAUUGGCCCCAAUGCAGGUCUUGGCUUUGCCAUAGGCAUGGUGGAUUCCUCUCUGAUGCCCAUCAUGGGAUACCUGGUGGACUUACGCCACACCUCUGUGUAUGGGAGUGUCUACGCCAUCGCUGAUGUGGCUUUUUGUGUGGGCUUUGCCAUUGGCCCAUCCACUGGGGGUGUUAUUGUACAGGUCAUCGGUUUCCCUUGGCUCAUGGUCGUCAUUGGUACCAUCAACAUCAUCUAUGCCCCUCUCUGCUGCUUCCUGCAGAACCCGCCAGCUAAGGAGGAGAAGCUUGCAAUUCUGAAUCAGGAAUGCUCCGUAGAGACCCAGAUGUACACAGUUCAGAAGCCCACAAAGGAGUUUCCAUUGGGUGAGAGCAGCGACGACCCCGGCAUUGAGGAGUAGCUGCAGAUGGCGAGAUCUGGGCCUUGUUCCAGGUGACCCCAUGAGGCUCGAAUGGCAGUGUCCCAGGGGACCAGGUCACCACAGAUUCCAUGGGUCUCACUUUCCUCUCCUCCCUCCUUUUGAUAGUUUGCCUGUAAUCACCUGUAAGUGCAACCCACCACUCUCCCAAUGUGCUGUGACACCAUGGUGGCCCCCUUUUUGUGGGAGGACAGUGCCACUUCCUGCCAGGCCAGGGUGAAGCUCAUUAACUGGGUUAUGACAAGUCCUGCAAGCGGUGACUCACUUCCUGCAGUACUGAACCGUGUGCCCGGAACACCGGGAGCACAAAUGGCCAGCCCUCCUUCCUUCUUGGUUUAACAUAUUACCAGCUUGUCUUAAAAUUUGA